AUGAACAUAAGAAGAGUGCCCCAGUGGACCGGCUGUGCUGUGGCCGUCAUCAUCUUCAUCCUGGGACUGGGGACACUGCUGCCAUGGAGCUUCAUCAUCGCCACAGAGUAUUUUGACGACCGACUCAAAGGGACCACGUCAAGUAAUGGAACGACCCCACUUACUAAAGACUACAAUUUUGCCAGCUGGAUGACUCUUCUAGCCCAGCUGCCCCUGUUCACCCUGGCCAACUCCUUCCUGUAUCAACGUAUCAAAGAGAAGGUCUGGAUUGCUGUCAAUAUGGUCUCCAUCCUCUUCCUCUUCCUCCUCACUGCCAUCAUGGUCAAGGUGCCCAUGCAGCCCCACAGCUGCUUCUCUAUCACCAUGGUAACUAUCUGGUUCAUCAACUCUUUUGGGGCAGUGCUCCAGGGCAGUCUGUUUGGGCUGGUGGGUCUGCUCCCCCCGAGGUACAGCACAUUGUUUAUGAGUGGUCAGGGAUUGGCAGGGAUCUUUGCUGCCCUGGCUAGUCUGUUCUCUAUCCUCAGUAAAGCAGACAAGGCCAGUGCUGCUCUUGGGUACUUCAUAACCCCCUGUGUGGCAACACUGCUCACCCUGCUUAGCUACUUACUACUGCCACACCUGAUUUGGCAGAUGGCCCUCUGUGUGACGUGUGUGCUGGCUGUCACACUGUCAGUUUUCCCUGCUGUCACAGUAAAAGUGAAGAGUGUGUAUGUAAACAAGGAGUGGGACCGAUACUUUCUCUGUGUCUGCUGCUUCAUCGUCUUUAACGUCAUGGACCUGAUUGGCCGCAGUGUCACCUCUAUGGUUCAGUGGCCCUCAAAGAGAAGCGGUCUGUUCCCUGUGCUCGUGGUGUCCCGUGUGAUCUUCAUCCCUCUCAUCAUGCUGUGCAAAACUGACAACCGCCAGUACCUGCCUGUCCUGUUCUCCCAUGACGUUGCCUUUGUUGUCAUCAUGACAUUAUUCGCCCUGUCCAAUGGAUACUUCGUCUGUCUCUGCAUGUCACCUCAUUUGUUCCACAGUAUCAUACUCCUGAGUGGCGCAGUGGUUGGUGAGGGCUAA